UUUGUCAGAGGAAAGGAAUCGAGAUUCGGCAUGUGAGUUUGUUUGGAUUUUCAUGUGACACCAACUUCAUUUAAAACAGCAGAUAAAACCUCCGGACUACCGCUGUCUGUCAGUGUAUCACAGCAGUCAUGGGGAAAAAGGGCAAGAAAGAAAAGAAGGUGAAGGGAGCGGAGAAGACUGCCGCCAAAAUGGAGAAAAAGGUUUCAAAGAGGUCCAAACGAGAAGAGGAGGAUUUGGAGGCUCUGAUUGCUGAGUUUCAGAAUUUGGACGCAAAGAAGACCCAAGUUGUCGAGACAACAUGUCCACCUCCAUCACCGAGAUUGAGCGCGUCUCUCUCUGCCCAUCCUGAGAAAGAUGAACUCAUCCUGUUUGGAGGAGAGUUCUUCAAUGGAAAGAAGACGUACCUGUACAACGAUCUGUAUUUCUACAACAUCAAAAAGAACUGCUGGGUUAAGUCAGAGAUCCCCAACCCCCCUCCCCCACGCUGCUCUCACCAGGCGGUGGUAGUUCCCCAGGGCGGGGGACAGCUCUGGGUGUUUGGGGGAGAGUUUGCCUCUCCAAACGGGGAACAGUUCUACCACUACAAGGACCUUUGGGUGCUGCACCUGGCUACACACACCUGGGAGAACAUCAAGGCGCCUGGUGGUCCAUCAGGUCGCAGCGGCCACCGGAUGGUCCUCAGCAAGAAACAGCUGCUAGUCUUUGGAGGUUUCCAUGAGAGCACCAGGGGAAACAAGUCAGAGAAGAAGAAACGACGGAGGGGGAAGAAGGGUGGGGCGGAGGGGGAGGGAGCAGAGAACGAGGAGGAGGAGGGGGAGGCGGCACCUCAAGCACCCACUGAGGUCAUCAAGGAGAUUGUGACGGAGGAUGGCACAGUGAUGACCAUCAAGGAAGUGAUCCCUGGAGCUCAGGUGGAAGAGGAGGAGGAGGAAGAGGAAGAUGAGGAGGAGAUGGAAAGCCCUCUGGUGGAGCCAUGCUCGAGGUCCAGUGCCAUGGCAACGGUGCGUCAAGGCAAGCUCUUCCUAUACGGGGGGAUGUUUGAGGUUGGCGACCGCCAGUUCACCCUGAACGACUUCUACUGCCUGGACCUCCACAAGAUGGACCAGUGGGAGGUUCUGGUUGAAAUGGACCCAAAGACACAGGAGUGGCUGGAAGAGUCUGAGUCAGAGGAUGAUGAUGAAGAGGAGGAGGAGGAGUCGAAAGGAGCUGAAGGGGAGGAAGAGGAGGACGAGUCUGAAAAGGAAAGCGAGGAUGAGGAAGAUGAAGAAGAGCACCCCGCAGUGCAGGAGGGAGAGACAGUGACGGAUUACCAGACCCGUACAGAGCAGUACUGGAUAGGACUGGCACGUGCCAACAUGGGCCCCGACGCCAAGGACAAAAAGGUUGCCAAGGUCGCCCUCGCCAUGUCUAAAGUCUUCUAUGAAGACCAGUAGUGGGAUACGCCAGAGUGUCUGAGUGACUGUGAGUGUGCUGUUUGUGUGUGUGUAAAAUAUUUUUUGUAAUUACCUUUUAUAAAACAUGUCAUUUGAACUGUACUGAAAAUAAUUCAGAAAUGCAAGUUGAACAUCAUUCAAUUUUAAAACAGAAAACCAGUGUGGUCAGACGAAAUAAAGCACCAAUCAGCCUCUAAAUGAACAGGUGAGCAUUGAAAUUAAUUUGCAUGUGGUUUUGUGCGGAGGAUCAGUGAUCUCACAGCAGGUGUUUUACUUACAGAGAGCUGUGUAGAAAACCACCAGAAGCACCAGAAUUACAUUACAAUUAGAUAUUUCUUUUCCCAGCGGAGCAGAACAAGCUGUAAACCCAACAGUGUCAUACUAUUAGCAGGUACAUUAGCAUUCAUUUGAACUCGUGUUUUGUCAACAAUGGGCUGAAAGACACUAAAACAUUCUGCAGAGCUUUGGGUUUGUUACUACAGGUGACACCUUCCACAUACAGUCAUUUGAUGCAUUGGUAUUAUGAUAAUAUUGAUAAGUUCGGCUUUAUGGCCCAAUAGUUCAACACAUUAUUAUCUAUUUCAUCCAAAAAUUGUUUCCUGCUGCAUGAGGACAUGGAAAAUGCAAAUGAACGAUUAUGUAUCAGAGUAAUGAAAGUAAUUAACAAGUAAAAGCAAAAAAUAAAUUGAUGGAUAAAC